AUGAGGAUUGCGCUGGUAGCAGGUCUGCUGCUACCCUUUUCCUGUCACUCCUUUGCGCUGUGGAAUGGACCACUGUCUCCCUCUUCUACGUCAUGUGCUAGUAGCAGUAGUGCUACUGAUACUGAUACCUCACUAGACGCCACGACGGUGAAUGGGGAAGAAUGUGUCAAGACAGUGGAUGUAUUAUCUCUGGAAUCGAUCCGUUCCACGUUGAUUCGACAAGAAGAAACCAUCAUCUUUGCUCUCAUCGAACGAGCCCAGUUUCGCCGCAAUGCCAUUGCCUACAAGCGUGGAGGCUUUGGCGAUCUCGGAACACCCUUGGGCAGUAAAGAAAACGAUAACAAAGAACUGUGUCUCUUCGAGUACAUGAUGGUGGGAACCGAAGUAUUGCAUUCCAGUGUCCGCCGGUACACAUCUCCGGAAGAACAUCCCUUUUUUCCCGAUCGACUUCACUUGAAACAGAUGGAUGCCAUGCCACAACUCGAUUAUCCCAAUUUACUAGAUGAAACCGCCGCCAAUGUCAAUUUCAAUCCCAUUUUAUUGGAAAAGUACAUUCACGUCAUUCUACCCGCCAUCACCAAAGACGGUGAUGACGAACAACACGGAUCCAGUAUUCUCGCCGAUAUUGCACUCUUGCAGGCACUCUCCAAACGAGUCCAUUACGGAAAAUUCGUGGCCGAAUCCAAAUAUCGAUCCGAUCCACAGGAAUAUCAACAAUUGGUUGAAGCCGGAGAUGCCGACGGUGUCAUGCGGUUAUUGACGAAUGAAAAGGUCGAACAAAAGGUACUCCGGCGGGCACGGUUAAAGGCGGCCACGUACGGACGAGAACCAUUAUUGGCCGAAUUGCCACCCAUGAGUGAAAAAAUGGGAUCUCAUACCACAUCGGUCGUGGCGGCGGCCGCCGCAUCGGCAGUGGUGGCCGCCGUGGAAGCAUUGGAGGAUGAACCAGGUCAAAAGGGCAAGGUCGAUCCUGCCGUUAUUGAAGCCGUCUACAAGAAAAUCAUUAUCCCCAUGACCAAGGACGUGGAAGUGGCCUAUCUCUUUCGACGGUGUGGACGAGAACCACCCGCCGAUUAUGCACCCGAUCGGAUGAGUCGAGAUGUGACCGAGUUGUAG